AUGGCUAACGAAGAGCUAAUGACAUCUCUCGCGCAGAUGUUUGCCAAUGCCCUACGAUGCUCCAUUGAAACAGUAACUGUGGGACAUUCGGAUGCCAUUAGGACUGCUACAGCACAUCAAGCCAAGCCACCAUCGUUCUCAAUCUCCGAAUAUCGUUCUUCGGAAAACACCUCCGUUUCGGAUUAUUUCAAACGAUUCGAGUGGGCAUUGCAAUUGAGCAACAUCCCGGCUUCGCAAUACGCACAUUAUGCUCUAGUGCAUAUGGGUACGGAGCUAAAUAAUGCCAUAAAGUUCUUGGUGAGUCCCCGUGGUCCAGAAGACCUAACGUACGAUGAACUUCGUACGACGUUAGUUGGCCACUUUGACCAAGCUAAAGAUAAGUACGUAGAAAGCAUCGAGUUCCGCGAAAUCGUGCAACAAAAUGGCGAGCCUGUAUCCAGUUUUGCUCUACGACUCCGGCAGGGUGCCGCACACUGUGAGUACGGAGAUUUUCUCGACAGGAUGCUGAUUGAGCAGCUUUUGCACGGGCUCGAAUCGCGUGACAUGUGUGACGAAAUUAUUGCCAAGAAACCGGCAACGUUCAAAAACAAUCAAAAACAACAAUGGAGUGACCAACAGUCAUCCGAGCAGAGGAUUUGCGGUGGAUGUGGUGGCAAUCAUAAUAGAAGUCAGUGCAAAUUUCGUGAUGCAAAAUGCUUCAAUUGUGAGCGAAAAGGUCACAUUUCCAAAGUGUGCAAAUCCAGCACACAGAAUCCGCAGGAUCGAUCCUCCGCCCAGAUCCAUUCGGAAGCGGUACUAGCUUCUCCAGUCGACGUGAUCCAGCCAUUGAGUAAAAUUCACUCCAUCAACACAUGUGGGAAGCAAGUCAUCCAUGUCACCAUUGACGGACACAGCAUGGACAUGGAAGUAGACACCGGUGCUCCUUGUGGUAUAAUCAGUGAAAAAAACUCCUUUUACACCGGGCAUCGUAUUCGGUGUUUAGGUCGUCUUCCAGUGAAUGUUUCUAUUGGUUCUACCACACGUAAGCUCAUCAACUUGUACGUUGUUGCCGAAGAUUACGAUACACUUUUCGGUAGGGAGUGGAUCUCUCAAUUUGCGACCGAAGUGAAUUUGAACGAGCUUUUCACCCAAAGCAAUACGGUACAUUCGCUGGCGUCUACAUCUUCCAAGAUCUCAAUGGAUCAGCAACAGGCAUUGUCACAGUUGUUGGCCAACUAUGAUUACGUUUUCGGAGACACGGCAGGAACGCUGAAGGGACCCCCAGCAUCGGUGCAUCUCAAACCAGGUACAACUCCGGUGUUUGCAAAAGCUCGUGACGUACCAUUAGCAUUGAAGAGUAAGUACGCGCAGGAAAUUGACAAGAAAUUUGCGGCAGGUUUCUACGAGCGAGUCGACUACUCGGAAUGGGCGUCCACCACCCACAUUGUAGUGAAGAAGAAUGGAAAUGUACGUAUCACCGGUAAUUACAAGCCUACUGUAAACUCCCGGAUGAUUAUUGACGAACACCCGAUCCCCAAGAUCGAAUCCAUCUUCAAUCAAAUGAAAGGAACCAGUCUGUUCUGUCACCUGGAUGUGACAGAUGCUUACUCACACCUCCAAAUAGAUGCAGAGUUUCGACAUGUUCUCACGCUCAAUACACCAACACACGGGUUGAUUCGACCGUCAAGAGCAGUAUAUGGAGCCGCAAACAUCCUUGCGAUUUGGUAG